AUUAGGGGGUGACAAAGAGAAACCGACUUUUCUACUGGGAUCCCAAGCUUCACCCAGAUUUUUAGCCAUGAAUCUCCCUAUGGCCAGCAAACUCUUAGUACUUUCUGCUGUCUUUGUCCACUUUGCCUCUCCUGUGCCUAACCGUUCGGUCAGCACUGUCAUUGCCCAGACCUUCAACCUGCUCCUUCUCAUGCAAGCCAACAGCACAGUCCUCCUCAACACCUAUCUGAGUUGCCAAGGUGGUCCAUUUAGUGAUUCGAGUUUCAGUGCCCCAAGACUGCACUAUGACGGUGUGCCAACGGCUGCCAUCCCAUUUCGGAAAUGGCGAACCCUUUCAGACCUUGAACGCCUGGACAAGAACUAUGAAGCGUACAGUGCUCUCUCUGAAUUCUUGCAACUGGUCUGGGAUGACCAAUUUGUGAUCAACUCCAAACAAGUGGAACUGCUGGAGAUGCUGAAAGUGACACGGUUGCGUAUUGAAGGCCUGCUCAGCAACUUGACUGCCAUCAUGUCUGUCUUGGGUGGGUCACCUACCCCUGUAACAGAUUCACUUAUGUUGGAGUCUGUUGAAGCCAGCACUUUUGAGAAGAAAAUUCGGGGCUACGUGGUGUGCCACCUGUACAGACAGUGGGUUGAUAGGACCGUGCGUGAUUUUGCCCUUCUCAAAGAGAAAUACCCAAGUUAA